AUGAAGGGAGAAGUUAGAAGUAUGCUACACAAUGAGAAGUCAAAGCAGGAGGGACAAAUCUGGGGCUCCAUGAAGAGGACAGCUUUCAUCCUGUGCUCUGGCCUUCUCUUGUUUGUGGCCUUCUGGAACUCAGUCACAUGGCAUCUUCAGAGACUUUGGAGAGCUUCUGGCUACUUUUGGCAAGCCCAGUGGGAGAGGCUGCUGUCUACGUUUGAAGGGAAGGAGUGGAUCCUCUUCAUUAUAGGUGCCUGCCAAGUACCUGCUCUGUUCUUCUGGAGCUUCAAUGGGCUCCUCCUGGUGGUCAACACAACUGGAAAACCUAACUUUAUCUCCCGCUACCGAAUUCAGGUUGGCAAGAAUGAACCUGUGGAUCCUGUGAAACUACGCCAAUCUAUCCGCACAGUUCUUUUCAACAAGUACGUGAUCUCUUUCCUCAUGGUGGUCUUUCUCUAUCCUUUCCUCAAGUGGUGGAGAGACCCCUGUCGCCGAGAGCUACCUACCUUCCACUGGUUCCUUCUGGAGCUGGCAGUGUUCACCUAGAUUGAGGAAGUCCUGGUCUACUAUUUACACCAGCUCCUUCACCACCCAUCAUUCUACAAGAAAAUCCACAAGAAACACCAUGAACGGACAGCUCCCAUUGGUGUAAUCUCUAUCUAUGCCCACCCUAUAUGUGGUAAGUAGAAUCCCCAGACAUUAAGGGCCUCCAACAUGCUGCCAGUGAUUGUGGGUCCCUUAGUAAUGGGCUCCCACUUGUCCUCCAUCACCAUGUGGUUUUCCUUGGUCUUCAUCAUUUCCACCAUUUCCCACUGUGGCUAUCACCUACCCUUCCUACCUUCACCUAAAUUCCACGACUACCACCAUCUCAAGUUCAACCAGUGCUACAGGGUGCUGGGGGUGCUGGACCACCUUCAUGGGACCGACACUAUGUUUAAGGAGACCAAGGCCUACGAGAGACACGUAUUCCUGCUGGGCUUCACCCUGCUCUCAGAGAGCAUCCCUGACUCCCCAAAGAAGAUGGAGUGA